UUUUUUUCUUAAACCCAACUAGGGUUUUUGCUCCCAUGGCGAGGGAAGAAUUCCCGGCAUUCCCCUUCCAGCCAUACGCGAUCCAGCUCCAGCUGAUGCGAGCGGUCUAUGGCGCAUUGGAGAAAGGCGGCGUCGCGAUCGUCGAGAGUCCUACAGGGACUGGGAAGACUCUGAGCCUCAUUUGCAGCGUGCUCCAGUGGCUGGAGGAUAGAGGUAGUGAUUCAAGCAGAGGAGGAGAUGACAAGGAUUCUGAUGAGCCGGAGUGGAUGAAAGAAUUCUCAACAAAGCGAGACAAGCCGGUAGACACGAAGGCAAAAGUGGUGAAGAAGAAAUGCGGUGAUUUCUUUGGCACUCCGGACGAUUCUUCCCCGCAGAGAAGGCAGAGAGAUUCACACAGGAAAUCGAAAUCUUUACAGGCUGCUGUGGAAGACGAAGACGAUGAGGAGUUUUUGCUGGAAGACUACAGCAGUGACGGUGGUGGUAUCACCACCAUGAAACGAAAGCCAGGUGGUGCUUAUAGCGAUUCUAGUGACAGUGACGAAGACGAAGAGGGUGACGAAGUAGAAGCGGUGCCGCUUAAAAUCUUCUUUUGCAGCCGGACACACUCGCAGCUCUCCCAGUUUAUCAGAGAGCUGAAACGAACGAGUUUUUCUACCUCCUUGAAGACCGUCGCUCUCGGAUCGCGAAAAACUCUGUGCGUCAACCAAGACGUACUCAAGCUAGGGAGUGCUUCCAGGAUCAAUGACCGCUGCCUAGAUCUUCAAAAGAAAAAGAAGUCGUCGAGCCAAAAGGUGGAUGACCAAAGAAUGAUCAAGUCGAAAACCUCGGCAUGUCCUUUUCUUAAGAAGCAGCGUCAGCGAAAGCAAUUCAAGGAAGCAGUGGUGGCUUCCCAGCCUAUGGACAUUGAAGACUUGGUGCAUCUCGGCCAGAAGCUUGGAAGCUGUCCCUAUUAUGGCUCUCGGAAUUCACUUCCGAUGGCUCAAGUCGUGGUGCUACCGUAUCAGUCCCUCCUUCACGCUGCCACUCGCGAGUCACUGGGAAUCAACUUGAAGGACUCGGUGGUCAUCUUCGACGAGGCACACAACCUGGUAGACACCGUCACGAACACCUACAGCUCUCAACUCUCGACACUCCAGCUUAGGCAAGUCAGCUCGCAGCUAUCAGAGUAUCUCUCAAGGUUUAGAACUCGACUGGCACCCGCAAAUCGUCGCUAUAUUCAGACGCUGCUUGUCCUCGUUCAGGCUCUCCUUGAACGCUUAAUGUCAGUCGGGUCUCGAGAGAAAGAACCAGGGGUGCAAGAUGUUCAAACUCCAGCAGCGAUCACAACGAUCAAUGACUUUGUGUUCUCCCUUGGGAUUGACAACAUCAAUCUAUUCAAGCUAUGUCGGUAUAUCAAAGAGAGCAACAUCGUCAACAAGGUGAGUGGCUAUGGAGACAAGUAUCUCUCGCAACAAAACGAGCUUACGCCCAGUAGCACAGCCGGGUUUCAUCCUCUUGCUGCUUUCUUAGUGUCACUGACGACGGCUCAAAGUGAUGGCCGCGUUUUGAUCGUUGAAAGCUCGGAUGGGGAGUGCAUGUUUAAGUUUCUUAUGCUGGAUGCAGCAAAACAUUUCUCUGAGGUUGUCCAGCAGGCACGAACAGUUAUUCUGGCCGGAGGAACUCUUCAACCCGUUGCCGAGUUGCGUGAUCGUUUGCUCUUUCAAGUGCCAGACGAAAGCUUGCACUUCUUUUCGUGUGGACAUAUUGUUCCCGGAGAAAGUAUCCUGCCCUUGGCGAUAGCUAAAGGUCCGUCAGGAAAGACAUUCGAUUUCACGUACCAGUCUCGCAGCUCGCCACAAAUGAUUGAAGAGCUCGGACGCCUAUUGAUAAACAUAUCCGUCAUUGUACCCGAAGGAAUCGUUGUUUUCUUCCCGUCGUUCGAGUACGAGUCUCAAGUACACAAGUGCUGGGACAAGAGCGGCAUCCUCUCCUCGAUUCUCAAAAAGAAAAAUAUCUUCCGGGAGCCACGAAACGCGUCCGCAGUGGAGGCAGUUUUACAGGAAUACAAGACAAGCAUAACAACAGGUGGUGGUGCUUUGCUACUGUCAGUCGUGGGUGGCAAGAUGUCCGAAGGCAUCAACUUCAGCGAUGGAAUGGGACGGUGCGUGGUGAUGGUCGGGCUACCGUAUCCAAGCUCAAGAGAUCCGGAACUCCUCGAGAAGAUCAAGUACAUCGACGAGCUAAACAACACCAAGAACAGGAAAGAAUCCUCUUCGCCCCCGUCUCAGCAGCGAACAGGCUUCACGCUCCAGCAGUGUGGCCACAGAGGCAGGGACUACUACGAAAACCUGUGCAUCAAGGCCGUGAACCAAUCCAUUGGACGAGCAAUCAGGCAUGCAAAAGACUACGCUGCCAUACUUUUGCUGGAUGGACGCUACGUAACCACGGGAGGGCCGGCAGCAAAGCUCCCGGAAUGGAUCAAAGAGCACCUUGUGGUGGUGAGAGGAGGAUUUGGAGAGGCUCACAGGCUUUUGCAUCGGUUCUUCAAGCACAAUCACAGAUGAAACCAAUAGUUUUGUCACAAGCUUAAGAGGUUCCAUCAUGGGUGUUGAUGCGAGCGGGUUUGUGUUUUACGGCUGCACCUUUUCAAGGGACGUGGUGGAAGAAGCACUGAGGCAGAAGUAUCCCAAAAGAGAGGAUUCCAGCGGCAAGAAGAAAGCGAAGAAAGAUCUGUCGUUUGAUGAGGCUGUGGGCCAAAUGGGUUUCACAGAGGCUGUGGCUUUUUACCUGGGCAAGAGCUUUGAAGUGUUGGACUCGGUGGACUGUUGCUCCGGGAACGAUUGGGAAAAUCACAUCUACAUAUGUGUCGAGAGGUGUGGACAGCACAUAUCGGGCUAUGAAGUGGUGCCCAUUGCAAAUUUCCAAGUUAAAGACAAGGAUAUCAAGCUCUUGGAUGCCA